AGUAGCGGAGCGGAGCGGCGGACAAGAACCUGUUCAACUUCACACGAGUUCGAGUCCGCUUUGAACUGCGCACUCACACGGACUCAUGGCGGGAUCGUACUGUAAAAGUUUGUACCCGUUCAGCGGGGAGCAGCACCAGCAGGGACUGAGCUUCGAGGUCGGGGAAAUUAUCAAGGUGGUCCAGGCCCUUCCUGGAGGCUGGUGGGAGGGGGAGAGGGAUGGAGCCAGAGGAUGGUUCCCCUCCAGUUAUGUCCAGGUCCUGGAGAGGACAGCAUCUCUGAGUCAGCUCCCUGUUGAGGACCUCAGAGACCCCCUGCCUCCUCAGUGGAGAUGCUACAUGUCUCCACAAGGGCGGCGAUACUACGUCAACACCACAAACAAUGAGACAACAUGGGAGAGACCGUCCAGCGUUCCUGGGACCCCCAAGACCUCCCACCGACACAAGAACUCCCUGCCCACAGUGAAUGGAUUUCAUUCAGGUGGUAGUCCCUUGCAUCAUGUGGAACAUUCACACAACAGUCUGGUUAGAAAGAGCAGUACAGAGCCACAGAGCCCGGGAUCAACGUCACCCAACAGGAAACACAACAAGGAGACCACGUUCACGAUGAACUGUGUGACGUUCCCGACUCUUUCAUGCAUGCCGGAGCAGCAGUUGCUGAAACCAAACGAAUGGAGCUACUGUGACUACUUCUGGGCUGAUAAGAAGGAUCCCCAGGGCAACUGCUGCAUCACAGGAUUUGAGGUUUUGCUGCAAAAACAGCUGAAAGGGAAACAAAUGCAGAAAGAGAUGGCAGAGUUCAUACGAGAAAGGAUAAAGAUAGAAGACGAGUAUGCCAAGAAUCUCUCCAAGCUGUCCCAGAUCCCUUUAGCAAGCCAGGAAGAAGGGACUCUGGGGGAGGCUUGGGCCCAGCUGAAGAAGAGCCUGGCAGACGAAGCUGAGGUUCACCUAAAGUUCUCCUCAAAGCUCCAGAGUGAAGUGGAGAAGCCUUUCCUGUCCUUCAGAGAGAACUUUAAGAAGGACAUGAAGAGGUUCGACCAUCACAUCGCCGACCUACGGAAGCAGCUGGUUGGACGCUAUGCAGCCGUGGAGAAGGCUCGUAAAGCUCUGGCUGACAGGCAGAAAGAGUUGGAGUUAAAGACUCAGCAGCUGGAGCUCAAACUCAGCAACAAGAUUGAAGAAGACAUCAAAAAGGCCCGCAGGAAAUCCACACAAGCAGGAGACGAUCUGAUGCGCUGUGUUGAUCUUUAUAACCAGUCUCAGUCCAAAUGGUUUGAGGAGAUGGUCACCACAAGUCUGGAGCUGGAGCGGCUGGAGGUGGAGCGGGUGGAGAUGAUCCGACAGCAUCUGUGUCAGUACACCACCCUUCGACACGAAACGGACAUGUUCAACCAAAGUACGAUGGAGCCGGUGGACCAGCUGCUGCAGUGUGUGGACCCGGCCAAAGACCGAGAGCUGUGGGUGCGGGAGAAUAAGACUGGAGAGAUCAGACCAGUGGACAUAGAGAUCUGAGCUCAGAGCUGCUGGCUCACAUUCACACAGAGAGACUAUAAGCCUGAGAACUGACUCGGAGAUGAAAUCUGUGCUGGGAUCUCCACUCCCCCCACUCCUCCACUGGUGACUCCUCCAGACUGACGGUGCUCAGUCGGAGCCCACUGACUCUCCACGUCCUGACGGCGUCCUGCUGAGGCUGAUGUCGGUGGUGGGGGCGUGUUGUCAGAAUCCUCAGCGACGAAUGAAUGAAGAUGUCAGAUUGUGACGGGUCGUAGUCGUGCGAGCUGGUGCAUCAAACGGGAACUAUGAUGAGUGUGAAUUUUGAGGCAAAAGGUGAGACGAAUGAUCAGGAUCCUCCCACAGUUUAAUAGUUUUAUGUCAUGCAGCAGCGUGAAGCUGCAGGUUGUUUGUGCUUUUGCUCGGUGAGGUCAUUCUCCAACUUGACAACAUGUGACUUCUGCAAGUUAUUAGCAAAAAAUGAUUUAACAGAUGCUGCUACGCUAAGUGCGUUCUGACCUAAGAGUGAUAUUACUGUGUACCAAAGUAAGAAGUAUUUUAAUACUAAUAUACACCGUGUGCAGAUAUUGACUGUUUGCUUAGCCCCCCUCCACCACUACAUCUUUUGGUAACACUUUAUAUUAAGGUAUUCAACAUUAAUUAGUUGCUUAUUAGCAUGCAAAUUAUACUUUAGUAUGGGGAACGUAUUCUCAGUAACAAAGACUUAAUUUAGAGUUAUUUGGACUCUAUUAACACUUGCAGUUUUGUGUUUUAUUAUGUAAGAACAGAUCAUAUUCAUUGAGUGUUAUUAACCCUCAAGGCAUCUUUAAAAUUAACUCACACUCAAUCGCAUAAACAUGUCAAAUAUAAAUAUUUUUUUUCACUUUCACCACAUCAAACCUUCCGAUCUAACCAUAGAUUAUAAAAUAUAUGUAAUUUUUUUUGCAUUUUUUGAUUUUAUGGCCUUUUUGUCAUAAGAAACCCUGAUUUUCUCAA